CGAGGCUUCGAAUUUGGAAACGCCCGUGUUUGGAUUGCUGGGCUCAGCACUAACUCGCAUUUAAAAACAGAUACUCUGUUCUAGGGUAUUUCAACGCUUAUUUUAAGCUGUAGCAUUUUAUCAAUUGCUCAGUUGACAAGCAAAAACGUCAGCUUGCUCUCACCGCGCCAUCACUUCGGUAAACUAUCCACCACAGUGAAAGGUCAGCUGCGCUCAGCUCGCUUUGGUAAUAACGUUCCGAAAAGCAGCAAUCUCCAAACGAAUUAAUAUGAUGUAUCCAUUCGGCUGUCGUUGAAAAACAACACGAUGAAACAAUAAAUUGAUCGGUCCUCUCGGUAAAUCGGAUUGUGUGCCACUCUUUCCAGAAGUACACGAUGUUCCCUCAUAUGGGAAAGGAUGGGUAGACUUGGGCGGAGCAUCCGCAUGACCGACUUUUCCUGUAUCAGAAAUACACCGUGUCGCUAUUUUGUGUUAAAAGUGUAGCUUUUGAAAACUUAUUUGUGCAUUUCCUAUUUGUUACCCUACUUGUAGUCAAGACGUUUGACCUUUGGUGUAAAGGUGCUUUGUCAGCUGAAUAAUUGUCAAGACGCGCAACUUCUCCAUAUCAACUCAUUUAGUCGUGGAUGGAACCAUAAAAUUACAUUAGAACACCUGGAUGGAACCAUAACAUUACAUUAGAACACCUGGAUGGAACCAUAAAAUUACAUUAGAACACCUGGAUGGAACGUCAUGAGUCAGUUCUUGAACUGUAGAUCCAUUCUCGUGUAGAUACAUAUCUUUACGCGUAUAUUGGAAUUGAAUCCCUAGAAGCCGGGUCAGUUGAGCUGCCCACAGACGCUGCACCAUGAACGGCAGCAGCAGUGUGUCCUCUGCCUCCCAGACCAUCCAGAUAAAAACAGAACCAGUUGUGGAUACAUGGAGUAAGGAGGACUGCCUCACUCUUUUGGAGAGAAUUCGGAGCCUGUUGCCUGAUGGUGAUGCCAUGAAAUACAAGACCACCGAGUCCCACUUUGACUGGGAGAAGGUCUGCUUCGGAGGCUUCACCGGCGACAUGUGCAAACAGAAGUGGGCGAAGGUGUCCACUGAGGUGCGGAAGUUUAGGACUAUGACCGAGCUCAUAGUUGAUGCCAUUGAGUUUGUGAAGAACCCUUACAAAGGGAAGAAAUUGAAGACACACCCAGACUUCCCAAAGAAACCCCUUACACCGUAUUUCCGGUUCUUCAUGGAGAAGCGAGCCAAGUAUGCCAAGAUCCACCCCGAGAUGAGCAACCUUGACCUCACCAAGAUUCUGUCCAAGAAAUACAAGGAACUCCCAGACAAGAAAAAGCAAAAGUACAUCACCGAGUUUCAGCGAGAGAAGGAGUCCUUUGAAAAGAAUAUGGCCCGAUUCAAAGAGGACUACCCCGAGUUGAUAGAGGAGAGAAAGAAGUCGGACCUCCCUGAGAAGCCCAAGACGCCCCAGCAGCUGUGGUACAACCAUGAGAAGAAGACCUACAUGAAGCUCCACCCUGAUGUGAGCCAGAAGGAGCUGAAGGAAGCUCUGAGGAGACAGUGGUCCCAGCUGUCAGACAAGAAGAGACUUAAGUGGAUCAGCAAGGCCCUGGAGCUGCAGAAAGACUAUGCGGGUUGUAUGAGAGUCUACCAAGAGGCCCAUCCAGACGCUGAAGAGCACGUCAAGUCCGUCCUCACCAAAGCCGAGCGGCAGCUCAAGGACAAGUUCGACGGCAGGCCAACCAAACCUCCGCCGAAUGGUUACUCCCUAUACUGUGCUGAGCUGAUGGUGAACAUGAAGGAUGUUCCCAGUACGGAGCGUAUGGUGCUGUGCAGUAAGCAGUGGAAGGUGAUGACGCAGAAGGAGAAGGACAUGUUUCAGAAACGCUGCGAGCAGAAAAAGAAGCAGUAUGAAAUUGACCUACAAAGGUUUCUCGAGAGUCUCCCGGAGGAGGAGAGGGACCGGGUGAUGACGGAGGAGAAGCUGGGGGGCUCGCGGCUGGGCAUGGGGGGUGUUGGUAGCCCUCACAGAUCCAAGUCCCCGUCCGCCAAGGUGGGUCUCACAAAACUACAACAGGAGCGCUGUCGCGAAGCUGAGCAGGGGCACUGGGUACACUCCGGCCUGACGGCGAAAGAGAAGCGCGACGGCAAGAAGAGGACCAAACUCCCUGAGACACCCAAGACUGCCGAGGAGAUGUGGCAACAGGGCGUCGUAGGAGACUACCUGGCCAAGUACAGGAGUGAUCGUAAGAAGACCCAGAGUGCCAUGGAGUCAGCCUGGAAGGCCAUGGAGAAGAAGGAGAAGAUCCCUUGGAUCAAGAAGGCGGCUGAAGACCAGAAGCGAUACGAGGUUCAGUACCGGCCCGUGAGGGAAUUGUUGGAGAUGAGAACAGCCCAGGCAGGAGCAGGCCAGAGGAAACCCAAGUUUGAAGGGGAGCCCAGGAAGCCACCAGUGAGCGGCUACCAGAUGUUCUCUCAGGAGCUGUUGACCAACGGCGAGCUGAAUCACUUCAGUCUGAAGGAGCGCAUGGUGGAGAUCGGCAAGCGCUGGCACAAGCUCAGCCAGAGUCACAAGGACAAGUACAAGAAGCUGGUAGAGGAGCUGCAGAUUGAGUACAAGGCCGAGCUGGAGGCCUGGGUCAAGUCUCUCUCUCCCCAGGAACGAGCGGUUUAUGAAGAGUUCUCCACCACGAAACGGCGGAGCACCACCAAGCCGCGGGGGGGCACGGGGGCCAAAGUUGGCGUGACUGCAGUGAAGGGGAAGGCGGUAGGUGCCAGAGCCGCAGCAGCAGGGGUCGGGGGGGGCAAGCGGGCCAUGGCGUACCGGGCCAAGCAGGAUACGUCUGACUCAGACGACGAUGACAAGACGGACUCGUCAGACUCCGACGACGACGAAGAAUCAUCCGGCAGCUCCGACAGCGAAGAUGAUAAUGACGAUGACCAUGAUGACGACCAAUCUGAGGGUUCCAGCAGCUCUUCCUCAGAGGACAGCAGUGACUCGGACACAGACUAGCCCCCCCCCCCAGAGGAGGGUCUGUGCGGGACACGCUUCCUCGCGAGUCAGGAGCAGUCAUGGUGGCGUCAUCAAAAGGCUUGCACGUUGGCUCCUCCCACCUCUUUCUCACAAGGAGAAAUGAGGGACUGAGAGAAUAAAUAAACAGGAGUCUUGCUCCACCUCCAGUUGUUGACCCCGAGGACCUUUAUUCAAACGGGACGACUUCUCUUUUACAGGGCUUUGUUACGUGUUCAAUAUUUUUUGGGGGGCCUUUAUAUAGGUGUUAUGAACUUGUUGCAACAUUUUCUUUCUUUUUUAAACUUUGAGAAAGACAUUUUAAACUUAAGCGGAUUAGGUUUUUUUGAACAAGUCUGACUUGGAGGGGCAUAUUGAGGAGUCUGCCGUUUUUUUGUCCAUGGGUCUCUGACAGUCCGUGCAGAGGGAGGACCGUUGCUGCUUUCCCUCCAUUGAAACAUCUGGUCAAACCCUCUAAUAAAAUGCACUUUUUUCUCUUGUA